AUGUUAGCAACAAAGGUUUUUUUCAGAAGGACGAAGGGAGGGAAUAUAUUUAAAACUGUCAGAGAACAUUAUCUCAGAGAUGAUAUUCACUGUGGUUUUAAAACGUGUACAAAGUGCAAAGCUAGACUUCAGAAAACAAUCUUGGACAUGGAAGAUGCUAGUGCAAAGUCUUCCUUAAUUACAAGCCCAUAUUUUCUUAUACUUGACACAAAUAUAAUUCUGGAUCAAAUAGACUUACUGGAAGAAGAUGUUAUUACCAAUGUGAUCAUCUUACAGACGGUACUGGAAGAAAUUCGACACAAAAGUUCCACCGUAUAUAAAAAGCUGAAGCUUAUCAUAGCAAAUGCAAAGAGAAAAUUUUUUGUCUUUAUCAAUGAACAUCAUCGGGAAACUUAUAUUGAGAGAGAACCAGGUGAAAAGACAAAUGAUCGUAACGACAGAGCAAUAAGAGUUGCAGUUAAAUGGUACAAUACCCAUUUGAACUCUGAUGAUAACAAUGUAAAAAUUGUUUUGCUAACAGACGACAUGGAAAAUAAAGCACGUGCGGCUGAAGAAGGAAUAUUUGUAGUAUCGAUGGAAGAUUAUAUUGCCUCAUUGGAGAAUGCAAGUUUUCUGCUGGAUAAAUUAUGCAAACGUUCUUACGCUUCAAAUAUUCAAGGCCCAGAAUUAUUUCCCUGUCAUCUAACACCUGCAGAAAUUCACGAUGGCAUAUCAUCAGGAAAACUGUUGCAAGGAACAUUUUUGGCGUCGAGGGAAAAUUUUCUCGAAGGAAAUGUGAAUGUUGAAGGAAGAGAAAAACAUAUAUUUAUACAAGGACGAUCUCAUCUCAACAGAGCAGUCGACGGUGAUAUAGUCGCGAUUGAACUACUACCAGACAGUCAAUGGUCAUCACCCAGUGAAAUUGUUUUGCAAGAUGAAGAGGGUGCGGAUGUUGAUGAAGUCACAGAAGAUGAAAAAAUACUUCAUAAACAGAGUUCAUCAAAAACACAGGAAAUAGUACCAACUGGCAAAAUUGUUGGUAUUAUCAGAAGAAAAUGGAGACAAUACUGUGGAAUAUUGCAGCCGAGUGCAAUUAAAGGGAAUGUGAGGCAUCUAUUCGUUCCGGCCGAGAGAAAAAUUCCGAAAAUAAGGAUUGAAACUAGGCAAGCCGAGAUAUUGAGUAAGCAGAGAAUUAUCGUCGCGCUAGAUUCGUGGCCGCGAAAUUCGAAAUACCCGCUGGGUCAUUUUGUACGAGCACUUGGUAACAUAGGAGACAAAGAGACAGAAAAUGAAGUGUUGCUCUUGGAACACGAUGUUCCGCAUAGCCGUUUCUCUGACGCUGUUCUUAGCUUUCUUCCAAAGCUACCAUGGAUUAUUACGGAAGUGGAUAUUGCGCAAAGAGAAGAUCUUCGAUAUCUGGAUAUUUGUUCUGUGGAUCCUCCAGGCUGUACCGAUAUUGACGAUGCGUUACAUUGUAGAACUUUACCAGAUGGUAAUUUCGAAGUUGGUGUGCAUAUUGCGGAUGUAUCUCAUUUCAUAAGGCCUGGAACCGCGCUGGAUAAGGAAGCGGCGUUACGCGCUACCACUGUGUAUCUUGUCGAUAAACGAAUCGACAUGGUUCCAGAAUUGCUUAGUUCAAAUCUUUGUUCCUUGCGAGGUAAGGAAGAACGAUUUGCGUUUUCUUGUAUAUGGAAAAUUGACCCCAACGCAAAUAUAAUUGAUACAAGAUUCUGUAAAUCUAUAAUUUGCUCGCGUCAAGCAAUGACAUAUGAGGAAGCUCAAUUGAAAAUUGACGAUGCCACUCAACAAGAUGCCCUUGCGGUAUCAUUGAGAGGAUUAAAUCAAUUGGCAAAGAAGUUGAAAAAGAGACGUCUAGAGAAUGGUGCUUUGACUUUAGCAUCACCGGAGAUACGUUUUCAGGUGGACAGCGAAACGCAUGAUCCUAUUGACGUAGAAGCAAAGAAACUGAGAGAGACUAAUUCUAUGGUGGAGGAAUUUAUGUUGCUUGCAAAUAUUAGCGUAGCCAAAAAGAUAUUGGCAGAAUUUCCAGAAUGUGCCAUGUUAAGAAGACAUCCUGAACCACCGCAAAGUAAUUUUGAACCGUUAAUUAAAGCUGCCAAAAACCAGGGCUUUACUAUUAAUACGAAUACUGGCAAGGAAUUAGCCCAAUCACUGGAAGAAACUCAUAAAGAAUCGAAUCCUUAUUUCAACACAAUGUUAAAAAUAUUAGCUACGCGAUGUAUGUUGCAAGCAGUAUAUUUUAUCAGUGGAAUGCAUCAGCCGGAAGAAUUUAAGCAUUAUGGAUUAGCGUGUCCGAUUUAUACGCAUUUCACAUCUCCUAUUCGAAGAUAUGCGGAUAUAAUUGUACACCGAUUGUUGGCUGUAUGUAUAGGAGCUGAUGCGACUUAUCCAGAACUAUUGGAUAAAAAAAAGAAUCACUUGUUGUGUCAGAAUUUGAAUUAUCGAAAUCGAAUGGCGCAAUAUGCUGGCCGAGCGUCAGUCGCACUUCACACACAUAUAUUUUUCCGUAAUAAGAUUCAGGAUGAGGAAGGAUAUAUUCUUUUUGUACGCAAAAAUGCCUUACAAGUUCUUAUACCAAAAUAUGGUUUGGAAGGUACUUUGUAUUUAAAUAAUUCAUCGUCUGUCACGUUCACAUACAAUUCAGAGGAUCAUUCCCAAACCUGUGGGAAUAUCGUAUUUCGGGCAUUUGAUCCCAUUGUAGUACAAAUGAGCUUGGACAGAUCUAAUGUCCAACAUGAAAAAUUACUCUUUAAGCUCGUAAAACCAGAGAUUCCAGAUUUUAGCAUUCCUCCAUUAAAUAUGGAAACUAUUAAUGCUACUGAAGAAGAUUCUGAAAUAAAGGAAACAUUGAAACGGAAGCCAGAAAAAAAACAGGAGUCAACCAACGUUUCUGACAAAAAAGUUGGGAAGAAAAAGAAAAAAAGAAAUUAAAAAUAUCAUGUUAUUAACCCUUCAAGUGUACUUGUACUCUCCACACUGUCACAUAACAUUAUUUUCUAGCUCUUAAAAUAUUUUUAAAAAUCUGAAAAAAAUUCACAACACUCCUACAUUGUGGCUGAUUUCAUGGUUAUUUUAAUAAAUAUUUUUUGAAUAUUUUA